AUUAGAAAAAAAAAACUUAAACUGAGCAUCCAAUUCGUGAAACCAGCUUUAGUUCUCUUGAAGAUUCUUGCUGUCGUUUGCCAACUUUCAGUUACCAAACUGUCUCUCUGCCGCGCAAAUCGCUUGAAAAACCCCUGACUAAAAAACUCAAAUAAAGCAUAAAAAACUUUCGUAAAAAUGCGCCGUUAUUUUUCGGGAAAAUGUCUGCGGCUAGAGCUUGGGCUGCUGCUGCUGCUUGGUCUGCUGUCGCCCGGCCAGCCGGCGAAUCUGCUGAACAGCUAUCUGCCCGCUUCCAUGCAGGCACUGGCCUAUUACAUCGAUCUGCUGCAAUACGAGCCGCUGUCCAGCACCACGGCUGAGCCGCCGUUCAGUGCUGAGGGUCAGCAGGAUGCGAGCACCAGCCCGCUGCCGCCGACCAGCCCAAAGCCAGCUACUGCUGCUGCGGCUGCUAGACCCAGCAGCACAACGCGACGUCCCAUGGGCAGCACCACCGGCUGGUGGCAGCCGCCCAGCUGGUGGGAGAUGCCGCAACGGACCUCAACCACGGCAAAACCGACAGCAGCGCCAACGCCGCAACAUGGACCAGCGCUGUAUGCACCAGCUGGAGGCAGGCGGUCACCUGCGCCGCUGGAGGGUCAGGCGCUGUUCGAUGAGAUUCACGAUGAUGCGGACUUUGAUAGGCUGCCGCUCUCGUUGAUCCGUGAUAUACAGACGGAGACGCUGCACGAUGACUUCACCAACGAUGUGGAAUCCUUGGAUAACUUCUUGCGUCUAUAUGAUGAUAAUUAUGGGCGUGCCGCUUUUGAUUUUGAGUCGGCCAUGGAUCGCUGGAGUAGCACAUCGACGGCGGGCAAGAAACGUGUGCCGCCCACCAAGCCGUAUGUGGACUUUCUGCUUGUCUACGAUCUGCUCAAGCGUGAUGCCAAAGCGGCGAAUUUGAGCAAAUACGAGGGCUACUCGGAGGAGUUGCUACAGCAGCUGUUCGAGCUGUCGAAUGCCUCGUCCACGCGGCAGUUGCACACCCUGUUCCAGCGCAUGCUGGACCGUGGCGAUAUACAGCGCAGCGAUGUGGUGGCCCGUGUGCAGGGCAUUCUUAAAGAUCUGGGCAAUCCGAAUAGCCCCACGUCCAAGGCACUCGUUCACAUACCCAGCAUGCAGUUUUUGCCCUAGUUCUUAAGUGUUUU